CCUCGUUAAGGACUUGGUCUACAAGAUUGCAAGUGUAGACCUUGCCUUUUGACCAACACACUAGUCACCACUACUUCUUCCUCCUUCAGUGGUUGGGUGUAACAAACAAAGAAUAACACUGAUCAUGGUCAUCAUCACCUCAAUAAUAAUGAUAGCAGCACUCACCACGCCUUAUAAUGAUGUUUAUUACCUUCAAAUCAAAGUUUCCAACCCAACAGACUAACAACAAUUUUCCCAUCAUAUUUUCUGCUUUUUCUCAAGUAUAUUUUAGUUCAGAACUUCAAGCAAGUGUGCUUAGUACAUUCUGAUUCUAUGGGACUCAAGUCACUCAACUGCUCCUGGGUCUGCUUGUUUCUGAUACCUGGCUUUCUGGGAGUCUGCUUCUGCAAUGAUCAAGACGGCUUCUUGAGCUUGACUUGUGGCGGAGCGACAAACUAUGUGGAUUCAUCAAACAUUUCAUGGGUUUCAGACUAUGCAUACAUUAACACAGGCAACACUACUACCGUUGAUUACAUUGAUGGUACUACCUCCUCAUCUCAUGUACCAGUUCGAUUUUUCCCCGAUUCCAAGGGUCGCCAAUGUUAUAGGCUGCCGGUGAAGAAUGUGUCGUCGUUGGUGCUUAUUAGAGCUCGAUUUGUGUACAAAAACUAUGAUAAACUUCAGAAACCCCCUGCAUUCUCUGUUUCUCUUGGCACAGCUGUUACCAGUACUGUAAACCUCACAACCAAGGAUCCAUGGACAGAAGAGUUUGUAUGGCCUGUUAAGGACACACUACCCUUCUGUUUACUUGCUAUACCAGAUGGUGGAUCUCCUGUCAUUUCUUCAAUCGAAGUUCGGCCACUACCAGAAGAAGCUUAUGAAAGCAAGUCACUUCGGAAGGCAUACCGUAUCAACAGUGGAUAUAUUAACGGAUCACUCCGGUACCCUUCAGAUCCAUAUGAUCGGAUUUGGGAUGCUGAUCAGGAUUAUACACCCUUUCAUGUGUCAGCUGGGUUCCAUGUUCUACUCAGCUUAAAUUUAACAACUAUCAAGGAGAAUCCUCCGGUCGAUGUUCUUCAAACCGCAAGAGUUUUGGCAAGAAGAGAUGCCUUAACAUACAAUCUUCCUCUUGAUACUCUAGGGGACUACUAUGUUGUGCUCUACUUUGCUGGGAUUCUUCCUGUGUCCCCCUCAUUCGAUGUCUUGAUUAAUGGCGCUGUUGCUGAAUCAAAUUAUACUGUAAGAAUGGCAGAAGCCAGCACACUCCACUUUACUUGGAAGGGAAUACAGAGCUUGAAUGUCACACUUAAAAGUAACAGAUUUAGUCCUCAAAUAAACGCAAUCGAGGUGUUCGAGAUUGUUGAUGUUCCACUUGAAGCCUCAUCAACCACAGUUUCAGCACUUCAGGUUAUUCAGCAGUCUACUGGUUUGGAUCUGGACUGGCAAGAUGAUCCAUGCUCUCCAACACCAUGGGAUCACGUUGGAUGUGAAGGAAUUCUUGUCACAUCUUUGGAACUUUCAGACAUCAAUUUGAGGUCAAUUAGUCCAACAUUUGGCGACUUGUUGGAUCUUAAAUCACUGGAUUUGCAUAACACAUCGCUUACCGGAGAAAUACAGAAUUUAGGGAGCCUUCAACAUCUUGAGAAACUGAACUUGAGUUUCAAUCAGCUGACAUCGUUUGGUUCGGAGUUUGAGAACUUGGCCAGCCUUCAAAUUCUGGAUUUGCAAAGUAAUAGCUUGGAGGGAAUAGUACCUGACAGCCUCAGUGGGUUGGAGGACCUCCACUUAUUGAAUCUGGAAAACAAUAAACUAGAAGGUACACUCCCGCAGUCGCUAAACAGAGAAAGCUUGGAAGUAAGGACAUCAGGGAAUUUGUGUCUUUCCUUCUCCACAAUGACAUGCAAUGAUGCUUCAUCAAACCCUUCAAUUGAGACUCCACAAGUUACUAUCUUUACAGAAAGGAAGCCCACCAACAAUCAUUUAGCAAUAAUACUUGGCUCGGCCAGCGGAGCCGUAUUCGCUCUUCUCAUUGUUUCUCUUUCAGUAUUCCUGUACACGAAGAAGAGGAGAAGUGAAGUCACAUAUGCAACAAGAGAACCUGUGAUAGACAUGCGAAACUGGAAUGCUGCAAGAAUCUUUUCUUACAAGGAAAUCAAAGCAGCAACAAACAAAUUUAAGGAAGUUGUAGGCCGCGGUAGUUUUGGUUCUGUUUAUCUUGGAAAGCUUUCAGAUGGCAAAUUAGUAGCUGUAAAAGUUCGGUUCGAUAAAACUCAACUUGGAGCUGAUUCCUUUAUCAAUGAGGUGCAAUUGCUGUCAAAAGUUCGGCAUCAGAAUCUUGUAAGCUUGGAGGGAUUCUGUUACGAAUCAAAGCAGCAGAUACUAGUCUAUGAAUAUCUAGCUGGUGGAUCUUUGGCCGAUCACCUCUAUGGUCGAAAUAGUAAGAGCGUCUCGUUAAGUUGGGUUCGCAGACUGAAAAUUGCUGUUGAUGCUGCAAAAGGGUUGGACUAUUUGCACAACGGGAGUGAUCCACGGAUCAUACACCGUGAUGUGAAGUGCAGUAACAUAUUACUGGACAAGGACAUGAAUGCUAAGGUCUGUGAUUUUGGUCUCUGUAAGCAAGUAACCCAGGCAGAUGCAACUCAUGUGACCACGGUUGUAAAGGGCACAGCUGGUUAUCUUGAUCCUGAGUAUUACUCUACACAGCAGUUGACAGAGAAGAGUGAUGUCUACAGCUUUGGAGUUGUUCUGUUGGAACUGAUAUGUGGGCGAGAACCAAUGACUCAUUCUGGAACUCCUGAUUCCUUCAAUCUGGUGUUAUGGGCCAAGCCUUACUUGCAAGCAGGAGCAUUUGAGAUAGUGGAUGAGAGGAUAAAGGGAAGUUUUGAUCUGGAAAGCAUGAGAAAGGCAGCCUUAGUCGCUGUAAGGUCUGUAGAGAGAGAUGCAUUGCGGAGACUGACUAUUUCACAGGUACUGGCAGAGCUGAAAGAAGCCUACAGUAUUCAACUCUCUUACCUUGCAUCUAGCGGACAUUCAAAUUGAUUUACAGUCAGUGAAACGGAGUGGUAUAUAUUUAAGAAACUUUUGCCAUAUUUAUGCCAUGAAUUAAGCAUACACAGAGUGUUAGAUUUUGUAGAGUUCGGAUACUAUUAUUUUUAAAAAAGAUGCUAUGAUGACUAAGUUAUCCUGUAA